UCUAAUGGAUGAUACAAUGAAUAUAUACAAGGAGUUCUUCAAAUUACCUGGUGAAUACAAGGCAAAAUUUUACUCAAAUGAUAUAAACAAAAGCUGCAGGUUAUGUUCAAGCACAUUAGCAUAUGAUACUGAAGAAUUUCACUAUUGGAGAGAUAAUUUUACUCAUCAUUGCUAUCCUUUAGAGGAAUACAUUAUGACUUGGCCAAAUAAGCCCACCAAGUAUAGAGAAGUGGUAAGUGAGUAUUCAAUAGAAACAAGGAAGCUACUUUACAAGAUUUUGGAUAUGAUAUGCAAAGGAUUAGGACUAGAGAAAGGUUAUUUUGAAGGUGAAGUAAGUAAAACAAAUGUGAUAUCUGUGAAUCAUCAUAUUCCAUGUCCAAAUCCAAGUUUGACACUAGGAAUGCCAGUACAUUCUGAUCCAAAUCUCAUAACAUUGCUUCAACAAUGUGAUGUUCCUGGACUUCAAAUACUUAAGGAUGGCAAAUGGAUUGGUGUUCAACUUAUUCCUCAUGCUAUAGUUGUUAUUCCUGGUCUACAAUUGAAGGUAAUAACCAAUGACAGGUUCAUAACUCCGGUUCAUCGUGUGGUGACGCACGCAAAAGAGGUUCGAACCACAAUCGGUGUAUUUCUCGGUCCAUCACCCAAGUCUUUAAUAAAACCAGCCACUCCUUUGGUUCGCACUGAACCGGAGUUUAGAGCCUUUACUUAUCCAGAGUUCCUUAAAACAUUUACUGCUGGGGCUAAAUGUGAUGCCCAAUUUGCCCUCAAUCAUUUUAGAAACAAAGCUUAGCUUUUAAUUAUG